CUAGUACAAACACAACUGAGGAGAUCAUGAUUUUCUGGAAAUUUCUCGUCUCUUGGCACAACCAAAAUACUUCCAUUGAAAGUAAAUGAAUGUCUCAUUCCCCCUGAAACCCCACUUUUCGCCCACAAUACUUCCCACCUCCAAGCCACCCACGACGGAUUUGAUACCGAUCUCACUAUGCCACUCCAUCAUUGAUGCAAAUCCCUUCCUCACUUGCUAUGCCGGUUGAAAAGCAUUUAAUAGGAUUAUGGACUGUUGCAUUUCGUUCAAUGGAUGAUAUAAAGGAAACUGUUAGAAUUUCCGAUGAAAUAUUAUGUCGUGCCGUAACCACACUGAAAACAAGGCUUUGUGAUGUGUCUCUAACUGAUAUAUCAGAUGCACACAAAGCAAUGAAUAUAGUUUUACCCUUUUUGCUUACAGAAGGUAUACUAAGUAAGGUUGACAGUGUUUGGAAGGCUUCAAUUGGAGUUGUAAUGAAGCUUACAAUGGUUAGGAAUUUAUCCAAUGCAUGCUGGAACUGCAAUCCGUCCACAUAUGGCUGAUCUGAUUUGCUGUAAAAGUUUCUUUAUCUUGC